GUUUUUGUUUAAACAUUUGCGAUAUUUCCUUCUCCCGUACAAGUCGUAGCUCAUGUUUACGCCAGCGAAUUUUGUCUACGGAAAUUACGACCAAGUUAACAUUGGUGACGCGUGCCUUAGGCAGGAAAAGAUUUCUAUGAGCUUGGCGCCUGUCAACCACGGGGAAAGGUACAGCGGUGUUGACACAUUGCAGGUGGGUGCACGCGACACCAUGACAACCUAUUCCCAGUAUUCCAGAGUCAAGAUGGAGCCAGCGGACCGAGGGGGUGGGGCAAGGGGGUGGAUGGACUCACAGCCCAAAGGCCUCACCCCGGGGAUUGUUGCCAGAGACGAUAAGUUAAUUUCCUCGGGGGUACCUACCGUGAAGAGACUGCAGGAUAAUCUUCCCCAUCCCCCAAGACAUGGAUAUCCUGCUCCAGACAACUCGAAUUCCGUGACGGAAAUUAUCGGAAAUGAUCCACGGAAAAGUGCCCCUCAGCUUAUGGGGCGUUCGACGCUAGGUGACAACGUCAUGUAUAACUUUCCAGGCUCUCCUUACCUACCUCAGAGGAAACAACCACCCCUCCGUCAGUCCAGCUUCUCCCCUACCCCCGGGGAGGUGACGUGCACGGAGAAAGUUCUACCCAAGGUGUUUGUGCCUGCAGACCCUCAGCUAUGGAGCGCGUGGCACGUGCAGCAGUGGGUGGAUUGGGCGGCACGAGAAUACGGCCUCAGGGAGGUGGACCCUGCAAGGUUCAUGCACGUGGAUGGUCGCGAGCUGUGCCGGAUGUCACGUGACGACAUGUGUCGUCUGGUUGGACCAUACGAGGCGGAGGUGCUGUUUACUCACCUCAACUACCUGCGACAAGCGAGCUCCAGCUGUAUCUCUCCCCUACCCCCAGAUAAUCGCGACCGGGGGGUAGUGAACACGCCCUCCGUCCCUUCAUCCCCAGGGUCGUGGUCCUACCCCACCCUGUCCACACCCGACUCCAUGGGGGCAGCACACAGGCAAGAUGCUGACCUGGCCAAGUCCCCAUGGUUGACACAGGGCGGAUCCCCUCACGGAUUCAACCCUGGUGCGUUUCCCGGUGUCAGUAAAGGUGGGAUGGAUCACAGCGCCUCCUGGCGGACGCAAGAUCCCUAUAAAUUGUUUGGACACUUAUCAAGCAGGCUGUCAAAUACAGGCAGCGGUCAGAUCCAGCUGUGGCAGUUCCUUCUCGAGUUGUUGUCGGACAGUCGGAACGCGCCUACCAUCACGUGGGAGGGGACCAAUGGCGAGUUCAAGCUCGUGGACCCGGAUGAGGUCGCCAGACGCUGGGGGGAGAGGAAAAGCAAACCCAACAUGAACUACGACAAACUGAGCCGUGCACUGCGGUACUACUACGACAAGAACAUCAUGACGAAGGUCCACGGAAAGAGAUACGCCUAUAAGUUUGACUUUGCUGGCUUAGCCCAAGCCAUUCAGCCCGCGGCCCCAGAACCGAGCCCUUACAGACACCAAGACCUGUUUCUGUCAAGUUACACCACGCCUAAAAUGAACUUUCCCAAUGCUUAUACGUCCGUUCCGGCAGUGACGUCAGGGAUUCUUGGGGCCCCUGGGAAUUAUUGGUCCGGACAUAACGCCAAUAUCUACCCAAACCUCCAGAAUCACGUAAUGACCAACCCCCCAAGUCACAUGACGUCACAUGUGGGGUCUUGUUAUGCAUGAAUAUUUUAUUGUUGAAACUUGCAGUAUAUUUAUAUGAAAUAUAUAUAUUAAAAUGAACCUUGCAAUAUAUUUAUACAUACCGAUGGACCUAUUUAUGUGACUACCUGCAACACUGAGGUCUACAGAGACGGAAGCGGAUGAAACCACACUGGCUGUACACCAACAAAGGCUAGCGGUAAUCGAGGUGCUAUUUUGCUUCAGAUUUAUGUUCCCAAACGACCCUCUAUACUUUCUGGGUACACACUGU